GCGGCGUGUUCGCGCCGAGGGCAGCACCGCUGAGAGCCGCUUUUCCCCUUUUUUCCCUUUCCUUUUUUUCCCCCCCUCUCCCGCCCGCCCCACAGCUGGGGGUGGUUCUCGCCUGGCCGCCCUCCCUCCUCCCCUCCCUCCCUCUCUGCCGGCGGGCUGCUCCCUCCCCGUGGGGCGCAGGGAGGCGAGCCCGCCCGCCCGGGAUGCCAUGGCUCCGCCGGGCUCCGCGCUGCCCGCCUGCCUGCUGGGGCUGCUGCUGCUUGUCUGCCGCGGAGAUUUUGGCCGUUCCUCUGAGCUGGCGUUCGUUGUGGAGCCUAGUGAUGACAUAGCUGUGCAGGAGCAACCCUUGAUCCUCUACUGCCAGGUGGAGGGCAUCCAGCCCAUCACCAUCACGUGGCGGAAGAAUGGCGUGAUGAUCGUGGACAGUGAGAACGCCUUUAUGUUGGCCAACGGGUCUCUCUACGUCUCCCGCUUCCAGAGGCUGCGGGGAGAUGGGUCCUCGGAUGAAGGCGAGUACGACUGCAUGGCACAGAACCACUACGGGCUGCUGGUGAGCCGCAAGGCAAAGAUUCAGGCAGCAACAAUGUCUGACUUCCACAUCCACCCUCAGAAUGCAGUGGUGGAGGAAGGCGGGGUAGCAAGAUUCCAGUGCCAGAUCCACGGCUUGCCUGAGCCAGUCAUCCUAUGGCAUAAGAACAGCAUGCCAGUCAACACAGACAAUGAAAGGUACACGCUGCUCCCCAAGGGGGUUCUCCAGAUAACGGGGCUAAGGGCAGAAGACAGUGGGAUAUUUCACUGCGUUGCCACCAACAUUGCUAACGUGAAGUUCAGCCGGGAGGCCCGGCUCACCGUGUCAGGCUCCCACUCCACCGUGUACAAGGACCCCAUGAUCCUCGUGGGCCCGGAGAACCUGACGCUGACCGUGCACCAGACGGCGGUGCUGGAGUGCAUCGCCACCGGCAACCCCCGGCCCAUCGUCUCCUGGAGCCGCCUGGACGGCCGCCCGAUUGGCGUGGAGGGGAUCCAGGUGCUGGGCACAGGAAACCUCAUGAUCUCGGACCUCACGGUGCAGCACUCUGGCAUCUACGUGUGCGCCGCCAACAAGCCCGGCACGCGCGUGCGCCGCACGGCGCAGGGCAGCCUCGUCGUGCAAGCCCCAGCAGAGUUUGUGCAGCAUCCCCAGUCCAUUUCCAGACCCGUGGGGACUACUGCCAUCUUCACAUGCGUGGCCCAAGGGGAGCCCCCUCCCCAGAUCACAUGGCUGAGGAACGGGCAGAUCCUGGAGACCAGCGACCACAUCAAGCUGAAGAACAACAACAGCACUCUCUCCAUCUAUGGGAUCAACCAGGCGGAUCCCAGCCAUGCCAUCCCUCUUUAUUAAAGUCAUUAACAGCACCACCGUGCAGGCAACGUGGGAGCCCUCCAUCAAACUCGGCCAGCAUGAAGGCUUCAAGCUGUAUUACCGCAAAGUCCACCUCUCCCAGUACACAGGUCCAGUGCUCCUGGCCAGCAACAUCACAGCCUACAACAUUACCCACCUGGAUGCAUCGGUGGUGUACGAAGUCAAGCUCCUCGCCUACAACCAGCACGGGGACGGGAACUCCACUGUCCGCUUCGUGUCCCUGAGGGAAACUGUGGAGAGGACAGUGCUGAAUCCUCCCUGUGACUGCAUGAAGGACGAGCAGAACAAUAAAACCUCCACAACCGGCAUCAUCAUCGGGAUCCACAUCGGCAUCACGUGCAUCAUAUUCUGCAUCCUCUUCCUUAUGUUUGGGUACCGAGGAAGGCUGCUGAUGUGCAAAAAUGUGCAGGAGCAGCUGUCAACCCCUCAGAUCCCCCGGAGCCAGCGGAGUGCCACGGGCCUUGUCCUGAACGGGGCCACUCGGAGAGACAGGGAUGACCGGGACCUGAACGGAAAGCAGCUGGAUAUGAAUGAGCUGGAGAGGUUAUUCCCAGCAUCCCCAUCCCAGGAGCAGCAGGAGAAGGGAAUAACGUCGGCUCACAGCCUGUCAGCCCCCCAUGAUGAAACCCAGAUCUCCACACUCCCUCUGGAUGAGUUCAGCAUCAUUGAGGAGCAGCCAGACCCCCUCCCACAAAACCCCCAUGCCAGCAGUCCUGCUGCUCCAGCUCCCAACCACGGCUCUGCCAAUGAAGGAUAAAACUGCCAAGACUCAAAGCCUCUUGUAGGAGUUACCAGAAACCAAACCCACGGCUGGUGAUGUCUUUACGAGUUGUCAAUCUCAGGUCAAUUGAAGAUUUCUACGGUCUGAUUGUUAUUUUUUUGUUUUGCUUUAUUUUUAUAUAUAUAUAUAAAUAUAUAUAUAUAUAUAUAUGUAUACAGCCUUUUGGAAACUCUUGAAGUUUAUCUUUCUGACCUCUCUUGAGCCUCUCAAUGUGUUUCUUCCGAUGAUGGCUGUCUGGAGACUGGUCACGAUGGAUUUUCCCCACAGCUGCUAUGUAACAGACUCCUUGGCAGAGUUUGGCAAACUCUUCAGUCUCUGACAGACUGGGGAUACAGUGGAGCCCCCAUCUCUUGGCAUCCCAGACUUUUUCCUGAUCAGCAGCUUUAGGACUACUUUUUGGAUCUAUUUUUUAUUUCCAGAAGACUGGAUUUGGAAAAAUCCUUCUAACUUGACUCCAAAAAUUGAGCCUAGGAAGGCUGUCUCUCCGUGGAUUUGAUGAUUUUGUACACUUUUGCUAUUUCUCAGGAUACUUUUUUUGCUGAUUGACUCUAAAUAAUAUGAAAAAAAAGGAAAAAAAAAAAAAAAAAGAGUGUGUGUGUGUCAAAGGAUGCCUGAGGGCUACUGAAAGACUUGGACAGACAACCCGAGUGAACUCAGAACCUACCUCAACCGGAAUGAAUGUCUUCUGGGAAGCAGAAAUACCUUCGUCUUCCUUCGUGUUCAAACAAACAAGUAGCAUAGCACUUGGUCAGUACAAGCAUGGUCCUACCUCAGCAGUCACGCUCUGUACCCGCCACCUUGGUGGCUUCCUUGUUGUCGUUCCCAUGUAAAGCACUUCCAAACCUUUGAAAGCAAUGUUCUACCUCAAGUGUGAGAGAAACUCAUGUGUGCAUGUGUGUGUGUGUGUGUGUGUCCUCCCCUCUCCCUCAAUUCCUGCCUCUCCCACCCAGCCCCACAUGAAGCACGAUGCUUCACUGGUGUUAUGAGCUUUACUUUUGGGGGCUCCAGUGUGAUUUUGUGUGGCGGAGAUUUGUGUUGUGGUUUUUUUACUUUAAAGAUUGUUGGGGCUGUCACAGAUGAGCAGCAUGAUGCCCUGUGGCUCCCUGGCACCGCUGCCUUCCAGGGCUGAUUUGGGCACUGGUCCAUCCUGUGUUUGAGGGGAUGGGGUACGCAGAUUCCAGUGCUGGGGCUAGAGCACCCUUGUGCUGCAUCAGUGUGCUGCUCCCCAAGGCUGAUUCCCAGCAGGAGGAUCUACAGCACGUGCUGGCACAAGCAGCACAGAACACCCUUGGGAGGUGGGAACCUGGACAUCACAGUCUUGUCCCAAAGCCCACCCUGCUAUCAGGAGCACCCGUGGGGAAACCCCAAUAGAGCACUUCCCCAAUAGAGCACUUGAGAUGCUACCGAGCUGCCCCCAGCUCCUCCAGCGCCAUUCCAGCCACAGAACAUCCAAAGGAUGAGUGGAGCCAAAAAAGGCUCAGUUCCUUGGGAGGGACAAGGCAAGGAGGAUGCUGGGGGCUGCCAGAGCUGCCCCUUCCCCAUGCCCAGGGUGGGCAGAGGAGCUCCUGACACCAAAGAGAGGGUUUGUCCCCUCCAGAGAUCAACCACCAACCUGACACUGUGGAGGUUGGGUUGUCCUGGCACGGUGCAGCCUUGUGAGUCAGUGUGUGACCGGCAUCGCCCAUGGGUGACAUGGGGGCACACAUGGGGGACAGGGACACCAGGUGCCAGCUGGUGCCAGAGGGCAGCCCUUUCUCUGCUGUGUGAAGUGGUUAAAUCCAGGCAAAUGCAAAGGUUUGAUCUCUUUGUGUAGGUGGUGGUAAAUCAAACGUUGCUGUAUUCGCAAGGACAGUGAACAGAAUCAGGAAAGGAAAUUAGUUUAAGGUUUUUAAAAGUAUGAAUUGUAUUUUUUUAAAUGGUACCAGUGGGAGAGUCCCUUGUGUCAAAAACACCCCCAUCACCUGCCCAGCUGGCAAUGGGGUGCAACCAAUGGCUGUGUAAAUAGUACAAUACACAGGAGGCUGAGCAAAUGCCUCUUCCCUGAGCUGAGUCCUGGUGCUGGGCAGGGUUACCUGGGAGCAGGACUCUGUGCUCAUCCAGCUUGGCCCAAGAAGAUGUAAUGGCACCAACCUCAAGAGCAAGGAGCUGUUCAGGCUCGGUGUUCCUAGCCCUCUUCCAUUAAAAUUCGUCCUCCUGUAGACAUCAUGCAGAACAGAAAAGAUGCAAAGGGUUACAUUUUGGCAUUAACACCCCCAAACAGCCUUUCCCCACCCCACCAAAGAGGCUAAAUGGGCUGUCAGACAAUCCCUGCUCACACCUGGGAUGCUGCACCUGGAGACAGCCUGGGGAGGGGCUGUGGGGGGACAGCGCUGUGUGAGACCAAGGGCACAGCCCACCCACCACAGGAGCCAGGGGAUGCCGGGGUUAGGGCAAGGCAGGAGGGAGGAGAAGACACCAAACAGCUCAAGUUAUAACCUCAUAUCAAAGACAACCUGAUCCUCUCCUGCCAUCCCGCUCCCACUCCAGCCCAGAUUCUCUUUUUAUUGUUUUUUUCAUGUGUGUAACGCCGCCGUUCACAUUGAAUAAGUACCGUUGCCAAAGUGAACACAGAACCUAGAGUAGUGUUCAGCUCAGACUUCCUGGAGCUGUGAACAUGCUAUUAAUUUAAUAUCAUAUUAUUGUGAUAUUGUAAUAGUAACAAGUAUUUGUCACUACUUCCUUUUAUUAAAGGGAAAUUCUGUGCCAUUUGACUAGUUGGAAUACAAUAGUAUGUCAAGAAUAGAGUUUUUUCUUUUGUUGUUUUUAAUUAUGCAGAAACAUGGUGGCUUAAACCAAUGCAGAUUCUGUGUUGGUUUGAGAUGGUUGAAGAUGGAUGUAAAUCUUUAAAGACUUUUUUUUUAGAUGUUUAGCUUUUCCUCUUUUUUGGGGUUUCUUUUCUGCUCUUAUCAAUUCCAUUGGGACCAAACACAGACAGUUGUGGCAGCUCAGUCCCUGAAGGGAUGAGGCUGAAGUCUGGUGAUCCAUGAGGACCCUAAAUUAUCUAAGUGCACCAAACUGGGCAAAAAACCCACUCAGAAUUACAUAUUGGCUUUGUGCCUCUGGCUGCCACUAAGCUGGAAAAGCGACACGAAACAGCCCCACUCGCUGUACUGCAGUGCUUGAACGGGGCUGGAGGCAAAACUGUCCCAACCCAAAACUUGGAAAAACAUCACCUAGCAAAUGUCUGACCCUUAAUCUGUGAAAUGAGGAGGAAAAAAGAAUUAAAACAAGAGUUUGUGUUUGCUUUCAGCAUGGGGGACAGUCCGUCCUUCGUUCAUCCAAAGUGCUGCCCUGGUUUUGAAGGAAUCUGACAGAAUUUCAUUCUGUGUUCAGCGCACAGUUGUACCUGGGUAGUCACGUUGUAUUUGGGUGCAGGUGGGACAGCAGGUCCCCGUGUGUGGCAGAUGAGCUGUGCCACGGGAAAGGGGUCGAGGCAUCAUUUGAUGUCCCCAGAGCAGAGGCUGAGGCAGCCAGACAGUCCCAGCGUGGUUCCCAGGGCCUUUCACCAUCAGUGCCCACCUGCCAGCCAAGGGCAGCACUCCCUUCACACUCCUUUACACACCACAACAUUUAAGGAACAGCUUGCCAGGUUUCUUAUUCCUUUUUUUUUCCCUCCCAACUUUUUCCUGAUGGGAGGAAUCAGUUCUACCCAGAGAUACAACCACUGGAUGACAGGCAGGUGUUGGAUCCAGUGCAAACUGCUGGAAACUGCCUGUGUUUGGGGUAGGAAUCUGAUCCUACAAUAUUUUUUAAAUAAUUACACUAAUUCAACCUGUUGCCUUUUGUCAGCUGAUCCCAAAAACCCUCUUAUUUUCUGGCUGUGUGAGAUGAAAUUAUAGGAAGGAAUAAAUAUCCAAAAGCUGAUUUUUUUUUUUUUAUUUUAUUUUUGGUAACCCAUAAUGGGCACAACCUAUUCUUGAAGAUCUCAAGUUAACCAGAGACGGCUGCUUCCUCAGGGAUAGUAUCCACAUUAUCUUUAGCUGAACAGGGAAUAGUUUUAUGCUGUGACAGGGUAUUUUCACACUGUUGGAUUCAGGUAUUUAUUUGUCUAUCAUUAUCUUUCUUCUUCCUCGUUUUGUAAAGGGGCUGAUACAUUUAAGUGCUAGACCAGUUUGGGAAUUUUAAAUUAUACCAAGGGACUGUAGGUUUUAAAUUGGCGAUAAGAGGAGAGAAGCUACGAAGUGUUGUUGCCUCUGGAUAGUGAAGGGAAGAGUUUUGCUGCCUGUGGGGGUGUUCCUCUGGGAUAACCAUCCCAUGGCAUUUCAGGGGGGAUCAGUGAGGUGUCUGAGCCCUCUCUGACAGCACUUAAGUCUGGGAAAAUUGGUUAAAAAAAAGGAAAUUAAAAGCUUAUGAAAACAAAGGGGGGGAGCUCCUCACUUCAUCUGUGCAAACAGCGUGUGGAAAUCCAUCCGUCCCCGUGCACCGGAGCAGGCAGGUUACAGAUCCCAUCGAGCAACUUGAUGCCGGCUCAUUUAUUUCCCUCGCCCGCCAAAUUACAAAAGGGAAAGGAAAAGGAAGGUGCCUGGGCUGGAGCUGUGGGCAGGGAGAUGGGGAGCAGAGAAGCAGCAGCACCCCCAGGUGAAAGCGCUGCUGGCACAGGGCCAUGGCACUGAAAGCCCUGGAACUCUGGGAAUGAGGGAAAGGCUCCAGGCUCGCUCCAAGGGCAGAGCCUGGGCUUCGGCUUCGGCAUCGCGUGGGCAGAAGGGACGGGGCCGGAGCGAAGCCCAGCGAGUCGGGGACAAACCUGAUUUCACGGGGCUUUGGAUCAGGGUCUGACUUAAAAAGCAAAGAGGGAUUUGUACUCUGAUCCUAUUUCCAUCAUUUCAACUUGCAAUAUCUUUACGUUUGUAAGAAAGUCAUAAUAAAACCAAUGCUAAACCUUUGUCCCAGUCCUUUUUGGGAGUCAGCUGUUAGCAGUAAUACUAAAAACCCAAAUUGCAAAGCACUUUUCUACUGUUUAUUUUCUACCUUUCUUACUUUGAACUGUCGUGAUAUUGAAAUCCCACUGAUCCCACGAUUGUUAGCUCUGUAUUAAAAAAAUAAUAAUAAAACCCAGGUUUUUUGUAGUUUGCUCUGUUUAGAUUUUAGCCUGUGGCUACUUGUACAAGGAAAAUAAAACUAGAAUAAAUGA